AGUGGGAACUUCUUUAAGAAACAGACACUCACCGAACCGAACAACCUUCUACUUUAAAAAGCGAAUACGAAAACGAUGUCUAAUGUUAUAUCUUCUUCAACCUAAUUACUAACCUGUUUGAUCCAAAAAUUCGGACAUGGAUUCCAGCAAAGACCAACCAACCUCCGUCUGCCACGUGGUUGCUGUGCCCUAUCCCGGCCGGGGCCACAUCAAUUCAAUGAUGAACCUCUGCAAGUUGCUAGCUUCCCACAAGGCCGAUAUUCUCAUCACCUUCGUCCUCACAGAAGAGUGGCUCGGCUUCAUCGGCUCCGAAGCCAAACCGGACAACGUUCGAUUCGCCACAGUUCCCAACGUUAUACCGUCGGAGCUGGUCCGCGCCGCCGACAUAGACGGCUUCAUCGAAGCGAUCAUGACCAAUAUGGAAGCUCCGUUUGAGCGUCUUCUGGAUCGGCUCGAGCAGUCGCCUGUUUUGAUUGUGGCGGACACUUUCUUGCCUUGGGCCAUCAGUGUCGGAAACCGAAGGAAUGUCCAGGCGGCGUCGUUUUGGCCGAUGCCGGCGUCCGUUUUCUCCAUGUUUCAACACUUCCAUCUUUUGGCGGAAAAUGGGCAUUUUCCUGUUGACUUGCUAGAGAGGGGAAAUGAGCGUGUGGACUACAUUCCAGGAGUUUCUUCGACGCGACUAGUAGACCUUCCUCAUUUCAUGGAUGGAAGCAUGGUCAGUAACUUGAUUGUGGAGGAUUGGAAAGUUGGGUUGAGGGUGAAGAAGGCUGAGGUCAAAAUUGACCAUUUGGUGACAAGGGAGGAAAUUGCUGGGUUGGUGAAGAAAUUCAUGGAUUUGGAGGAUGAAGAAGGGAAGGAAAUGAGGAGAAGAGCUAGAGAGCUUAAAAAGAUAUGCCAUGGUGCCAUUGCAGAAGGUGGGUCAUCUGAGACUAACAUCGAUGCCUUCAUUAGAAGCAUUUCUCAAGGCCAUGAGCAUUAAGCCAAGACUCAAUCUACUUGUUGUUAGAGGUUCUCAAAAGACUGUUUAAAAGCUUGAAAUAAGGUUCCCUUAUAAUAUUUCAAAUUUUGUUCGCAACUUACAUGACAUGUUCACACAACAGUCCUAUGUUUUGGAGGCCUUAGACGAACAGCUUAAAUGGGGCCUUCUACUCUAUAUGUAAAUUUAUGUGUUUUUUU